GAGCUCUCCGAGAUGGCAUAAGAGAGUGGCUAUUACUACGGGGGGAGAAAACCUACCGAAUGAAAGACAGAUAGCGUCGUCCCCUCGGCGAUGGCACGACUAGAGUUGUUUUUGUUCACGUCUCUAGCUCGCAUUUCGUCUGGGAAUUCUUCUUUUAUUGGCUAUUCCUGAUCCGUACUCCAACCGACACCUCCAAUUAUGGAUUGCACUGAAGUUCCACCUUUUUUAUUCUUGCGUCAAGACAAUCGGACGAAAUAAGAGGAAACGAUCAAGGACUGCUGUGAGCUAUUAUCCAUUCCGGACUGUUCUCCAUAUAUAGACAAGAAUCGUUGAGAAAUGCAAGCGUGAACGGAUUUUGGUAGGCUAUUUUGUUUUAAUCCUCGGGUGCAAUAUUCAGGAUAUUCCAUUGGUUUACGCGUAAAGGACAUGGACACAAGGUGUUCUAGCUACCUGUAGUUAGAAUAGAUGCCUUCGUGUUGUCAAGUUUGGCUAUUAACGGACUGAGAUGAAAUAACUGCAGUUUAGGUGAUUGCUUUUCUCUUUUAGGAAUAGUGCGCUGCUGUAGUUAAGCCUUUUCUAUCAGCUGAUCACCUUUAGGGUUUCAGAAAUACAUUUUGACAACAAACUCAUUUUUUAAAAUUCAAAUGUAUUUCAUAUGAACGCAAGUAACCUAUUCUGAGCUGCUGUGUACAGUUGUAGGCUAUAACUUGGAAACAAAUCUCCCCACCUCACCAGCAAGGUGACAGUAGGAGGAGGAUUGCAGAGUUCUCUGUAACAGAACGACCAUAGCCAUGGCUCUGCCCGAUAACACCCCCAGCAUUCCUUUAGGGGAAGCAGUCAUCUUCCCUGAGAUAGUAGAGCUGAACGUGGGCGGCCAGGUGUACAUCACCCGCUACUCAACCCUCGUCAGCGUACCAGACUCCCUCCUGUGGGAGAUGUUUAGCAGGAAAUCCACCAAAGGUCUGGCGAGGGACACCAAGGGCCGUUUCUUCGUGGACCGGGAUGGUUUCCUGUUCCGGUAUAUUCUGGACUACAUGAGAGAUCAGCAGCUGGUGCUCCCUGACCACUUCCCAGAGCGGGGACGCCUGCAGCGGGAGGCUGAGUUCUUCAACCUACCUGAGCUCAUAAAGAUCCUGGCGCCCAAACUCAGCAAGCAGAACUCGCUGGGUGACGAGGGGUGUCAGAGCGACCCGGAGGACUCUUCGCCGGGCAUCGACACCGGGCGCAACCUGGCCUCGCUGGGCACUGCCGCCUGCGCCAGUCUGGUCCCCAGUGGAGACGGUAAACGCUCGGGAUUCAUCACCAUCGGUUAUCGCGGCUCCUAUACAUUGGGGCGCGACAGCCAGACCGACGCCAAGUUCAGACGUGUUGCUCGCAUUAUGGUCUGUGGCAAGACGUCGCUGGCUAAAGAGGUGUUUGGGGAGACGCUGAACGAGAGCCGUGACCCGGACCGACCCCCAGAGCGCUACACGUCACGCUACUACCUCAAAUUCACCUUCCUGGAGCAGGCCUUUGACAAGCUGGCAGACGCCGGGUUUCACAUGGUGGCCUGUAACUCCACGGGGACCUGCGCCUUCGCUCACGAGCAGACGGACGACAAGAUCUGGACCAGCUACACUGAAUACGUGUUUUACCGUGGGCGAUCAACCUUUCCCAAGCCUGUGCCCUCCGACUUCCCAGACACCAGUCGUCAUGCCGACGACCCCUGCCCCCCCAGCACUGCCGUCAGCCAACCAGAAACAAGCACCACUCUGGACCUGCGAAACGGCCUGCCUGUCAACCCUCCUCCUCCUGCUAAUCUCCCACCUCUCCCUCCCCCUCCUCUAGCCUCAGUCCCAGCCCCGGUCAGCCCCGACCUUCUUCCCCCUUCUCCGCCCCUGACUGACAUGAGCCCCCAGCGGCCCACCACCCUCGCCCUGAAGACCCUGCCGCGCCCCAGCACCGUCAAGGAGAAUGGGGGACCCCCAAAAGGCGUCAAUGAGGAAGAGGAUGAGAGGAAGGUGAUGGAGGAAGAUCUAAAAAAGUGUAUUGAGGAUUUUAGGAAGAUCAAAGUUCCUAAAGUCUUCCCUGACAAGAAGAGGCACUGGCAGAGCGACCUACUGAAGAAAUAUGACGCCUAGGGGCAUUAACGUUACCACGGUAACCUAACAGACCCAACACAAUAAGAUGGUGUUACUAUGUAUAUCGGAUUACAGUAAUAAGCAGUGUGUUUCAACGAUUGGCUUGAGUAGGACUUGCAUUAAAUUGGCAUUGGACUUUAGAAAUCAGGCAUGAAACUGUACUAGACCACAUUGAUUCCAGUGGUUUUAUUAUCACAUAAUGCUUUCUGGUUCAUGGUUCCAUAUACUCACCUUUACUUGAGGAAAAAACUAUGAGGACAAUACAAUUAAGUGUUAGAAAUACGAACAUGUUUACAGGCUAGUGCUGCUGAUGAAGAUAUCUACUUUACAUGUCAACAGCAAAUGGAUACUAUGUCUGAUAUUAGACUGGACAACUAUAAUAUAAUAUACAGAGGACUCCUAUGACUGAUAUUAGCAUGGAUCUAUAUACUGUAUAAUAUCCAGAGGACUAUGAACUAAAAUGGGACUGAUAUUCUUGCCAGUGAGAAAAAGAUCCUUAUAGAGAAUGUUACUGCAACGUCUUUAACCCACACAGAGGAAACAGAGUUUUCAGUUCUGUGACUCCACUUUCACCCUUGACGAGAUCAAUAUAUUAGUAUGUCCUGGAAAAAAAUCUAUGUUGGCCCUGUUCUCUAGUAAGAAUCAGGCUAAUGGAGAAUAAUAGUGUUAUUUUUGUUCUGAGGAGCUUCACCUCACUGAUGCAAAAUAAAAUAAAAUCCCUGUGAUCCC